ACACGCUCGGCGGCCGCGGCGGCGACAGGACCGCGGCGAGGGGCCGGGCGGCAGGAAUGCGGAACCCGCGCACCGGCUGAGCGGCCAGGAUGGCGCAGGGGCGGCGGCGUGCAGCCUGCGUGGGGCGCUAGCGCGGGGAGGGAGCGCGCCCGGCCCGCCGGCCUCGCGGCCUCGCUGCCAUGGCCAAGGAGCGGCAGAGGGCCGUCCUGGAGCUGCUGCAGCGGCCCGGCAACGGGCACUGCGCCGACUGCGGCGCCCCGGAUCCCGACUGGGCCUCCUACACCCUGGGGGUGUUCAUCUGCCUGAGCUGCUCCGCCAUCCACCGCAACAUCCCCCAGGUCAGCAAGGUCAAGUCCGUCCGCCUGGACACCUGGGAGCAGGCCCAAGUGGAGUUCAUGGCCUCCCACGGGAACAGCGCUGCCAGAGCCACGUACGAGCCCAAAGUGCCGUCUUUCUACUACCGGCCCACGGCCUCCGACUGCCUCCUCCUGAGGGAACAGUGGAUCCGUGCCAAGUACGAGCGGCAGGAGUUCACCGACCUGGAGAAGCAGGAGCCCUACUCCGCAGGAUACCGAGAGGGUUUUCUCUGGAAGCGUGGCCGGGACAACGGGCAGUUCUUAAGCCGGAAGUUCGUGCUGACUGAACGAGAGGGAGCCCUGAAGUAUUUCAACAGAAAUGAUGCCAAGGAGCCCAAGGCCGUCAUGAAGAUCGAGCAUCUGAACGCCACCUUUCAGCCGGGCAAGAUCGGCCACCCCCACGGCCUGCAGGUCACCUACCUGAAGGACAACAGCACCCGCAACAUCUUCAUCUACCACGAGGACGGAAAGGAGAUGGUGGACUGGUUCAACGCGCUCCGUGCUGCUCGCUUCCACUACCUGCAGGUGGCCUUCCCGGGGGCCAGCGCCGCCGACCUCGUGCCAAAGCUGACCAGGAGCUACCUGAAGGAGGGCUACAUGGAGAAAACGGGGCCCAAGCAAACAGAGGGCUUCCGGCGGCGCUGGUUCACCAUGGAUGACCGGAGGCUCAUGUACUUCAAGGACCCCCUGGACGCGUUCGCCCGCGGGGAAGUCUUCAUCGGCAGCAGGGAGAGCGGCUACACGGUGCUGGACAGGCUCCCGCCGGCCGCCCAGGGCCACCACUGGCCCCACGGCAUCACCAUCGUCACGCCCGAGCGCCGGUUCCUGCUGGCCUGUGAGACGGAGCCGGAGCAGCGCGCGUGGGUGGAGGCCUUCCGGAAGGUGGUGGACAGGCCCAUGCUGCCCCAGGAGUACGCAGUGGAGGCCCACUUCAAGCAUAAGCCCUAGCGGGAGCUGGUCCUGGAGGCCGAGAACGUGGACACGCUGGACGCUGCGGUGCGGUGGCGGGGCGGCCGGCCACAGCUCCGCCCUGAAGGGCAGCCGGACAUGGCUGGGCCUGACCUGUAGCCGCCAGGACCUGUUUCUCUAGAACCUCAUGUGGGCCUGCCUGGCCUGACCUCUGACCCCAUCAUGCUGCUGUCUCUCCCUCCCCACCCCCUGGACUGCCCUUCCUGGGGGCCUGGCCUCGGCUCAGGGCAGCCCAGCGGCCCCUCACUCACUCACUCACCCUGCCACGAGCCCCCGCCAGCAGGACCUGCCCCACCGGGAGCUGGACUGGGGACAGCGGCAGCCUGCAUGCCAUGUCCCGCCCAGCCUCGUCCCACCCCCACCACGUCCCACCCACGCCACGUCCCGCCCCCCACUCCCGUCACCUUCUCCCUGUCCUCUCAACAAGUAUUUAUUGAAC